AUGGAAUUGAAGCGAAGAUUCAUAAAAAUACGAUCAAUGGAAAAGAAACAAUCCAAAGUUAACGGUAGAACGGUAGAAUGGAUACCAUUCAAACAGAACGAGCAAGACCAGUCGAAUUCAAUUCAAUUCAAUCGACUUUCAAGACGAGAUAUGGAAUGGGAAUGGGAAUGGAAUGGAAUGGAAACCCUCUACGUACAAAUGGAAUACGUUUUCCCAAACACAAAACUUGUCAGUCAUCGACUUUCAAACGGACGAUUCUUUCGCUUUCCUUGGAAGAGGGACAGACAUUCGCCAAACGUCGCUUGA